CUGCCGUCAAGCACGGCACUGGGCCGGCGGGCGGGGGCCGAGGGGCUGCCAUGGCGGCGGCGGGCCGGCUGCCGAGCUCUUGGGUGCUGCUGGCGCAGCUGCUUGGGGGGCUCGCGCUGCUGGGAGUCGGGCCGGUCCCGGCGCGGGCGCUGCACAACGUCACGGCCGAGCUCUUUGGGGCCGAGGCCUGGGGCACCCUGGCGGCCUUCGGAGACCUCAACUCCGACAAGCAGACGGACCUCUUCGUGCUGCGGGAAAGAAAUGAUUUAAUCGUCUUUUUGGCAGACCAGAAUGCACCCUAUUUUAAACCCAAAGUAAAAGUGUCCUUGAAGAAUCACAGUGCACUGAUAACGAGUGUAGUCCCUGGGGAUUAUGAUGGAGAUUCACAAAUGGAUGUCCUUCUGACAUAUCUUCCCAAAAAUCAUGCCAGCAGUGAAUUGGGAGCUGUUAUCUUCUGGGGACAAAAUCAAACAUUAGAUCCUAAUAAUAUGACUGUACUCAAUAGGACUUUUCAAGAUGAACCACUAAUUAUGGACUUCAAUGGUGAUUUAAUUCCUGAUGUAUUUGGUAUUACAAAUGAAUCCAGCCAGCCACAGAUACUAUUGGGAGGGAAUUUAUCAUGGCAUCCUGCAUUGACCACUAAAAGUAAAAUGCGAAUUCCACAUUCUCAUGCAUUUAUUGAUCUGACUGCAGAUUUUACAGCAGAUUUAUUCCUCACGACAUUGUCUGCCUCUAGUACCUUCCAGUUUGAGAUAUGGGAAAAUGUGGAUGGAAAUUUCUCUCUCAGUACUAUAUUUGAAAAACCUCAAAAUAUGAUGGUGGUCGGGCAGUCCGCAUUUGCAGACUUUGAUGGAGAUGGACACAUGGAUCACUUACUGCCAGGCUGUGAAGAUAAAAACUGCCAGAAAAGCAUCAUUUACUUAGCAAGAUCUGGAACAAAACAGUGGGUUCCAGUCCUACAGGAGUUCAGCAACAAGGGCACACUCUGGGGUUUUGUGCCAUUUGUGCAUGAACAACGACCCACUGAAAUACCACUUCCAAUCACCCUUCAUAUUGGAGACUAUAACAUGGAUGGCUAUCCAGAUGCCCUUGCCAUACUGAAGAAUACAUCUGGAAGCAAUCAGCAGGCCUUUUUACUGGAGAAUGUUCCUUGCAACAAUGCAAGCUGUGAGGGGGCACAUCGUAUGUUUAAAGUCUACUGGGAGCUGAUGGACCUAAAUCAAAUCAGAGAUGCCAUGGUUGCAACCUUCUUUGACAUUUAUGAAGAUGGAAUCUUGGACAUUGUAGUACUAAGUAAAGGAUAUACAAAGAAUGAUUUUGCCAUCCAUACACUAAAAAAUAACUUCGAAGCAGAUGCUUAUUUUGUUAAAGUGAUUGUUCUCAGUGGUCUUUGUUCUAAUGACUGUCCUCGUAAGAUAACACCCUUUGGAGUAAAUCAGCCUGGACCUUAUAUCAUGUAUACAACUGUAGAUGCAAAUGGAUAUCUGAAAAAUGGUUCAGCUGGACAACUCAGCCAAUCUGCACAUUUAGCCCUCCAACUACCAUACAAUGUACUUGGUUUAGGUCGAAGUGCAAAUUUUCUUGAUCAUCUGUAUGUUGGCAUUCCCCGUCCAUCUGGAGAGAAGUCUAUACGAAAACAAGAGUGGACUGCAAUCAUUCCAAAUUCCCAGCUAAUUGUCAUUCCAUAUCCUCACAAUGUUCCUCGAAGCUGGAGUGCCAAACUGUAUCUUACACCAAGUAACAUUGUUCUACUUACUGCUAUAGCUCUCAUCGGUGUCUGUGUUUUCAUCUUGGCAAUAAUUGGCAUUUUACAUUGGCAGGAAAAGAAAGCAGAUGAUAGAGAAAAACGACAAGAAGCGCAUCGGUUUCAUUUUGAUGCUAUGUGACUUGUCUUUAAUAUUACAUAAUGGAACGGUUAUUCACUUGAUUAAUUGAAACACUAAAUUUGGCUAAUAGAAGAAAAUAAGAGAUUUUGAGUAUUAUUUAUAAAUGAUGUAUCCUUUGGUAAUUAUUGAAAAGUAUUCAAAUAAAUAUGGUCUGAAUGUGUCACAAGGUCUUUUUUUAAAGCACUUUGUAUACAAUAAUUUGGGUUAUUUAAAUGUGCUGUACAUUUUUGUUACUUUGUGGAAUGUGUUGCAUGUACUCAGGUGUUUCUGUAUUUAUAAUAUUACUAGAAUAAUGAUGAUGGGAAAAGACAUGUAUAAAUAAAAAUAAAUGAGCAGGGAUUUUUGUGUUCCACUUGAA